AUGGCAAACCUAUGGGCGUGUUUUUAUCAUGUUUAUAACUUUGCAUCGUGGCUUAUUAAGUUAGAGCAUGAUGAGGAUACUCGUGCUUGUAAUUUUUGCGAAACUCGACCUAAGUGGUUGAUUGCCUUUGAGCCAACUGCUGCAAUUGCUUAUGACGAUGAUUCCAAAACCGAGCAACAAUUAUGUUGUGUUGUUGUUUGUAGGUUGUCGUUGUUGGCUAUGGUUCGAGACAGAGAGAAAGCAAGCAGCAGCAGUGUUUGUCUGUCUCAGUCGAGAUUGGAGAAAGCAGAGAUGGAUGCGAUGAGGAAACAGCUAGAUGUGCUCAUGGGAGCGAAUCGAAAUGGUGACGUAAGAGAGGUCAAUCGCAAGUACUACGAUCGUGAUGUUUGUCGCUUAUACUUGGUUGGCCUUUGCCCUCACGAGCUUUUCCAAUUAACGAAAAUGGAUAUGGGACCAUGCCCGAAAGUCCAUUCACUGCAGCUGAGAAAAGAAUAUGAAGAAGCGAGGGCCAAAGGUGUUGAUAACUAUGAUGUGGAGUUAGAGAAUGUUAUUGAUAAGCUUAUUGUCGAGUGCGAUAAGAAAAUUGGUAGGGCACUUAAGCGCCUUGAAGAUGAGGACGCCAAGGCUGCUAUUGCUAUUUCAGUCACAGAGGUUACGCAGACGCCCGAGGUUAUUGAGUUAUCGAAGCAGAUUAAGGAGAAGCUGAAAGAAGCUGACAAACAUGAUCUUGAAGGGAAAACAGAUUUUAAGAUUCAAGCUUUGGAAGAAGUGGAAAAACUCAGAAAUGAAAGAGCAGAGAAGCAGUCUGCACUCCUUUUGGAGGCCUUCAAUAAAGACAGGGCUUCUUUACCUCAACCUAUGCCAAACCCACCACCAUCAGCACCCAUGCCACCACCUACUCCUGACCCUCGCACCCAGGAGAUGAUAAAUGAGAAGUUGAAGAAAGCGGAGGACCUUGGUGAACAAGGAAUGGUAGAUGAAGCUCAAAAAGCAUUGGAAGAGGCUGAAGCACUUAAGAAGCUUCCAGCUAGGCAGGAGCCUACCGUGGAUUCCUCAAAGUAUACUGCUGCUGAUGUUCGCAUUACUGAUCAGAAGCUACGCGUUUGUGACAUUUGUGGAGCUUUUCUGAGCGUGUAUGAUAGUGACCGACGCCUUGCAGAUCAUUUUGGAGGGAAGCUUCAUUUAGGCUAUAUGCAAAUUCGUGAGAAACUCACGGAGCUUCAGGUGCUGGAAAACAAGCACCGCAAGGGUGACCGGUACGAUGACCGAAGAUCGAAAGAACGGAGUAGAGAUCGUGACAGAGAAUCAAGCAGGGAUCGAGAUCGUGGAGAUAGCCGUGACCGAGGGAGGGAUUAUGAUCGAAGGAGCAGAGAUCGUGACAGGUAUAAUGACCGAGAUCGUGGAUAUGAUCGUGAACGUGAGAGAGUUGCUGAGCGCUCCCGCAGUUAUGAUUCAAGAAGUCGUCGCAGAUCACGUUCUCGGUCUAGGGAACGUUCUAAGGAUUAUGAUCGCCACAGGAGCAAGCUCUUGAAGGUGGAUGUUACUUUUGUUGACUGGUGGAACCCGAUCGUCUCUAGACUAAUUUUUAAACAACGGUAA